AUGAAUCCGCUAGUUAAGUUUCGCCCAACCGAUGAGUACCUUUUCACUCACUACCUCCAGCAGAAAGCAAUGGGCGCGCCGUUGCCUCCUGGUCUUAUCGAAGAGUGCGACCUCAACAGCCAAGAGCCUUGGAGGAUCUUCGACACCACCUUGGAGCAGACAUUCUACGUUUUCACCACGUUGAGAAAGACCAAGUCGAGGGUUUUAAGGACCGCCGGAUCCGAGACAUGGAAAGAGCAGCACGCGACGAAAAUCAGUCUUGGUGAGUUGGUUGGCUACAAGAAGUCCUUCAAGUUUCAAGGUGGACGUGGCUCGAGUGCAACGAGCGGGCGCUGGAUCAUGUACGAGUUCUCAAUGUGCGACGAGAGGGUUGUGAAGAAAUGA